AUGGCUUCGGAACAUUCCAUUCCACGGAAGCUGUGGGAGCAUCCAGAUCCAAAGAGCACUCAUAUGUACAAAUUCAUGAGGAAGGCUGAAAGAGAAACAGGCAGGAUGUUCAAGGACUACGCCUCGCUCUACCAAUGGUCAAUCAAGCACCGCUCCGAGUUUUGGCGGUUCGCGCUCGACUACUUCCCCAUUGUCUACUCGGGCAAGGUGCCAAAUCCCGUCGUCGACGAGAAAGCCAGGAUCGACACGGUUCCGAAAUGGUUUCCAGGUGUCAAGAUCAACUUCGCCGAAAACGUCCUCUUCUUUGGGGAUGAAGACGGCCGCGCGACACCCAGAUCGGGAAAGGAAGACGAUAAGAUUGCCUGCACCGAGGUCAGGGAAGGGUGGCACUCGACCGAAGCUAUCAGGCAGGUGACCUGGAAAGAACUUCGACACCGAGUCGGCCACUUGUCGCAAGCGAUGAGAGCGCACGGGAUUCGGAGAGGCGAUCGGGUCGCCCUGGUCGCCAGCAAUUCAUUGGAUACCUUGACCGUCUUCCUCGCCGUUACUGCACUCGGAGGGAUCUUCUCAAGCUCGAGCACCGACAUGGGGACCAAGGCUCUUCUCGAACGGCUGGUGCAAAUCGAGCCGAAGCUGAUAUUUAUGGAUGACUGGGCGGUCUACAACGGCAAGCGGACCGAUCUGAGACCGAAAAUGAGAGAUCUUGGGCGAGCGAUGAAGGAUGUCAGGGGCUUCCAAGGCAUCAUAGCCCAGGCGAGGUUCCAAGAUGCGCCUGCUGAUGUCUCCUGCGUGCCAAAUUGUCGCCCCUGGAAUGCCUUCAUUUCCGCGGCGGGACACUCGUCCGCGUUAGAGUUUGAACAGGUGAAUUUUGGCGAUCCCAUGAUCAUCGUCUACUCUUCAGGCACUACUGGGCUGCCGAAAGCGAUCGUGCACUCUGUCGGCGGCGUGGUACUAAGCGGCCACAAGGAAUCGACUUUACACCGCCAGGUGGACUCGACAUCAACACAACUACAAUACACAACCACCGGGUGGAUGAUGUACAUGAGUUCCGUGCAAUUGAUGUUGACGGGCGCCAGACUCAUCAUGUACGAUGGCAGUCCAUUCAUCCCGGACGCGGCAGCCUUGAUCCGCAUUGUGAACCAGCAGAAAAUCACCCACUUGGGAAUCUCGCCUCGCUAUCUACAGACCCUGCAGAUGAAAAAUAUUAGUCCAAGGCGCAUUGCGGACCUUGGACACUUGCAGAUUGUCACUAGCACGGGUAUGGUCUUGUCUGACGCUCUGUUCGAAUGGUUCUACGAUGUCGGCUUCCCAUCCUCGGUUCAGUUGUGCAACGUCUCCGGCGGUACAGACAUUGCCGCCGCGUUCGGCACCGCGAACCCUCUCCUCCCCGUGUACGUGGGUGGUUGCCAAUGCGUGGCCCUCGCCAUGGCCGUCAGUGUCUACGACUCCUCGAUAGAAGGCGGACGCGGUGUGAAAGGACGACCCGUCCCUGACGGUGUCCCUGGUGAACUCGUCUGCACCGAAGCCUUUCCUACGAUGCCCGUCAAGCUCUGGGGCGCGGAUGGCGAGAAGCGGUAUUUCAGCAGCUACUUCGAGAAAUACGACGGCUGCUGGACGCACGGCGAUUUCGUCAUGAUUCACCCUGUGACCAAGCAGGUGCUUUACUUUGGUCGCGCCGACGGCGUCUUGAAUCCCAGCGGCGUGCGUUUUGGCAGUGCGGACAUCUAUGGGGUGAUCGACACAUUCUUUUCCGAGACCGUGGCUGACAGUAUCUGCGUCGGGCAGCGGCGGCCUCAGGAUGACGAUGAGAGCGUAAUGCUCUUCCUGCUCAUGAAGCCCGGCCAGCGCUUCACGGCUGACCUGGUGAGGGAAGUGAAGGCGGUGAUUCGCCGAGAGCUCUCGCCGCGCCAUGUCCCCCGCUAUGUGUUCGAAACGCCAGAAAUCCCGACCACAAUUAAUGCAAAAAAGGUAGAACUCCCGGUCAAGCAGAUCGUCUCGGGCAAGGUCGUGAAGCCGUCAGGGACAUUGGCCAAUCCCGGAAGUCUGCAGUACUACUACCAAUUCGCCAAAGAUGAAAACUUGGCGCCUCAACCCAGAGCCAAGUUGUAG